GGCAAGUUGUGUCUGUUUCUGGAAUGCUCUCCCUUUCACACUCCCAUUUUUUUAACAUUCUGGUCGUCUGACAGCUGGUGGGCCUGCAGUGAUGUGUUUUUUUUUUUCCACAGGUGAGACCCCUUUUUUACUUGAGCUUGUCGGACGUGAUGUUGGGGGUCAGCUGGCUGAUUGGAGUCCUACUCUACCAGGAACAGCAGACCGGGAAGUUCAACGUCGCCUGCUAUAAUAUGCAGCCAGCAGGAGAGAUUUUUUACAUCGCUUCGUUCCUCUACACGGUCAACUACACUGUGGUCCUUUAUCAGAAUUUAAAGGAGAAAUGCAACAGGAAUACAAGCAGCUUCUCCCCCAAGAUCACCGACUGCGCCAAUCAGUGGAGCAAAGCUGCGAUAAUUCUGUCGAGUCUAAUCCCCGUGGUCCUCAUGACUCCCGUGUUUGCAGUGGGAAAUGCAGCGGAGUGCUACCAGAACUUCUCCGAGCCGUACAAAUGUCUCCUGAUGCACAGGUCGCUGCUGGACCCUGCCGCAGAUUUUGGCGAUGUCCCCUCACACAUCUGUCCCGGGCUUCUCUACUACAGGAUUGCAAUUUUCCUGCUGGCCUUCUUUGCCACCUUCAUAGGAAUUCUGGUCAUGCUGGUCAAGGCUCGGACCCUCUACAAGAAAACCGUCCACCUCAGCGGGUAUCUGGGAGACCAGCAGUGGGCCAACAUCAGCGUCAUUGAACGGCGGGUCAUCCUCUACCCUAGUGUCUUCCUCUGCUGCUGGGGUCCAGCAAUCCUUCUGCUGGUCCUGAAGCUGAUCAAACCCGACGGGCCCGAGAAGGUCUAUGCUGGCCUGUACAUCAUUCAGGCCCUGACGUCCGCCUCCCAGGGGCUGCUGAACUGCUUUGUGUACGGCUGGACUCAGCACUUGCUGCGCUUCAUGAAGAAGGCGGCCUGCAGGGACGUGGACACGCAGACCCCUUUGCUACGCUGCCAGAAGAAGUCGUAUGCCACCCUCAACUUCCCGAAAUUCAGCACUUCAAGCAAACCUGAGGUGCCCACUCAUGAUGGCGCUUGCUGAGGGUUUCAGAUACGGUUUUUGGACAGGCUGGCACGGACUCCUAAAGGCUGGUAGCUUUUUGAGUUGUGGGGUGGAGCAUUGCCAUUUGUGAACUGUGUGCCAUGUGACUCUAGGCGGGGGUGGAGCCUCAGGUGGGCACCAUGCCAGAGUCAGGCUGUCAAGGAAGUGGAAGGAUCUGGAAGGAGAACGGACUGUGCCUGGCGUGACAUGCUGAUGGGGCUUCACCUUCACAUGUGGGGGACUUGAGCGAGGGGCACUGUAAAACAUCAUUGAAUGGUGCCCAGAUGCCAACCCUCAAGGGUCCGGUGAUGUUGGCCUGCACUUCUCCUAUUUGAGUCCGUGAUCACCUGUGCCCACCAUACCCACCCCAGACUGAAACUGGCACAGCAAACCCUCCUGAAAGACCACCAUUGAGGGUCAUGUGAGCAGGUGGCAGGUAGGCAGACCCUGUGUUGUGUUGUGUUGUACUGUUGGCAUGGUGCUGUCUGCCAUCUUUGUGGGCAUAGAGGGAAGGUGAAAGGCUGACAUGACUGUCAAAAGGCAGUGCCAACGUCUAACUUGCUGCAUUUUUAUUAAAUUAUCUUUUGUUUUUUUGUA